AUGAUUGAGCAGCUCGACCGCCUCGGACUUUACCUCAACCAGCCAGAGCCAGCGAUCCUAUGCAUUCAAUGCAAGUUCGCCCUCAAGGCCGAUGGAGACCGUGUCUCGCGGCACCUCCGAGAGCGGCAUGGCAUCUCCAAGCUGGCUCGCCGAGGGCUUGGCCCAUUCAUCCGAACCCUUUGCCUUCCAGACCCAAAGACACUGCCAAUGCGGUCGGAUGGCUCUUCACCCCACCCUCACCUCCGCAUCCAGCAGGGCGCCGCCUGCAGGCAUUGCGGGCUCCGAUCGACUAGCCUCGAGGUUCUCUCUCGGCACUUAAAGGAAGUCCACCCCCAAGAUAUCCAGCAUAGCAGAGGACGCGGCUUCCCUGAGAGUCACUGGCUGCAGGACCAUAUCCUAGACCGACUUAGCUUCCAGGCCUGGACCGUGAGCAACAUUGGGCGUUCCUGGACGGUUCAUCUAUACCGCGGUCAGCCCCAGGGACCACACACGCCUGUCACCAUAUACCAGGCGCCAGAAGCUAUACAGGUAUUCGCCAAGGAACUCUUUGUCAGAGAGCAGCAAUAUCUCUCCCAACAAGCACGGGGUAGUCUGCCGCAACCCACCGGCCGGACGACAAGCGCAACCGACCCAGUCCUCAUAACGAACUGGAUGCGGCGAACUGGCUGGGAGGAGACUUUCCGCAAUACGCGACGAGACCUAAUCGUCGCGAUGGCUCAGUGCCCUCCCAAAGAAAACUCAGGGCCGCUAUGGCUUGCCAAUUAUAAGGACGAGGCUCUAAUAAGCAGUCAGGAGGAUGAACACAAGCUGACCCGGAUGAUGGCCGCCCUUGACCGUCUAUUCGAACGCUCCAACGAUACCAUCAAGCACACUGAUAUUUCCCUCCGGCGAUGGCUUCGCGGCAUAUAUCCUGACCGACCCUAUAAACGCCCAUUUGAGCUAGUCGUCAAGCCUAGUACAGAACGAAGAUAUCGCCAACUGCUUAAAAAGUGUCUAUGCUUCUGGUUUCGACUCUGGCGUCUA